AUGGCCAAGAAUGGGCCUAAAAACUUAAAUCAACAAACGACACGGAAAAAUACUGAAAAAUAUUACGACCAUUUUUUUGUCAUCAAAAGACUUUCUGAGAAUAAGGAGACAUUUCACACGGUCUCUCCGUUCCUUGUAGAAAAAGCCGUUUCUGGAACACUUGGGGAAGUUUCUGCCAUUCGCAAACUUCGUUCGGGAGAUUUGCUGGUGGAAGUUAAUUCUCGAAAACAAUCUAAUCAAAUUCUCAAACUGAAAGCAUUGGCUACAAUUCCCAUUUCUGUAAGCGCGCAUACAUCUCUUAAUUCUUCUAAGGGUGUUAUUACAUGUGGGGAGUUAUUUCAUACAUCAAUUGAAGAAAUUACAAAUGACCUAAAACCUGAAGGAGUGAUACAUGUACGCCGUAUCUCAAUUCGGCGGGAUGGACAACUCCUCCCUACAAAGCACCUCGUUCUUACCUUCCAAAUGCCUACUUUGCCAGAAGUAGUUAAAAUAGGAUAUAUGAGAUUGAAAGUGCGUCCUUUUAUACCUAACCCUCUGAGAUGCUUUCAAUGCCAACGUUUUGGGCACUCUAAGAUCGCCUGCCGCGGGACACUUACUUGCGCCCGUUGUGCAGAGAAAGGACAUGAUAGCCAGCAGUGCACCUCAUCUGAAAAGUGCGUCAACUGGGAUGGCGAACAUACUUCCUUUUCCAGAUCAUGUCCACGUUGGAGGUUGGAAAAAGAAAUUAUAACUUUGAAAACAAAAGAACAAAUUUCUUAUCCAGAAGCUAAAAGAAGAAUCGAGGCACAGACACCUUCCCCUGGGGUCAGCUAUGCAUCAGCUGUUAAAAAAUCAUAUUGCAAAAACUGUUCAUGUAAAAAUUGUGUGCAGAUUGUUACUGAAAAAGUUCCUCCCACAAAAACAUCCGAAUCUGAUACAGAACCUUCUACAAACAGUGCUCCUGAAUCUCACGAUCCACCUAAACGUAAACCAAAACCAAAGCCUCCACGUGCUCUUAAAUUAAAGCUUUCGAAACACGGCCUUUCACAAGAAAUGAUUUCGGAAAAAUUUAAAUCAAAAUUGAAAAAAUCCAAUAUUCGAAAUUCGGUUGCUCUGGGACUUGCAACUACGGGAACAGUCCAAAAGGAUUUACCUACUAUUUUUGGAGGAUUGUCCAAAAGUCCUGAUUCAAUUGCUCUCCAUCCAUCCGACGAAGAGGAGGAUGACCUUGAAAUGAGUUGCGAAAUAACGCCAACUCAAACUAACGCCCUUUAUAAUUCCCACUCUAAAAAACUCUCUUAA